AUGUCCUCGCAACCCGCUUCCCAGCGAGUGCGGCGCAACGGUUCUCCGACCUCCAACCGCCUGCAGCCCAUCAGGGCCACGGUCCCCUUCCAGCUGCGGCAGGGAAACAGCAGCCCCACCCGCUCCCCCUGCUCCCCGGCACCGGCCACAGCCACAGCCGCGGCCGCUUCCUCCUCCUCCUCCUCCUCCUCUCCUGCUCCAGCAUCAACAGCGACCACCUCGACCUCAACAGCCGCCACAUCCACCGCGUCCAACAGCCAAAAGCCUUCGCCCACCUCCUCGCCCACUCCGCUCUGGGCUCCGGCCGCCGCCGCCACCGCCGCCGCCGCCGAUGGACGCGUGAGACACCGACGCUCCCCUGACAACAGGAGCUCACCUGAGAGAAGGAGCCCCAGCUCCCCGGUCUGCAAAGUCGAAAGGUCCAAAUCUCAACAGAUGAGAACCUCAAAUACUAUCAGGCGCACUUCAUCUCUGGACACCAUCACAGGACCUUACCUCACAGGACAGUGGCCUCGAGAUCCCCAUAUACACUACCCCUCAUCCAUGAAAGACAAAUCUACACAGACACCGAGUUUCUGGUCAGAUGAAGGAACAGAAAAGAAAAGCACACAUCAGCGCUCUGCUUCGUGGGGAAGUGCUGAUCAGCUGAAGGAGCAGAUUGCCAAACUGAGACAGCAGCUCCAGCGCAGUAAACAGAGCAGCCGGCACAACAAGGAGAAGGAUCGUCAGUCUCCGUUACACGGCAAUCACACUGCUAUCAAUCAGUCCCAGGCUUCUGCAGCAAGAUUCAUCCCAGGCCCAGCAUCAAACAUUACUGUCUCAAAGUCUGCCAUCUCCCGCGUGCAGAACAGUGUAGAGGGGAUAAAUCAGGAGAUCGAAAGAAUGUUCAUCAAAGACAAUGGAGAAAAGGAGGAGCUAUCGAGGCCCCUGGAGAUUCCUGAUGGCCACCGAGCACCUUUCCCUUCCCACUACCGCAGCAGCAGCACCCGCAAUGUUGACACCCAGACGCCCUCUGUUCAAGAACGCAGCAGUAGUUGCAGCAGCCACUCGCCGUGCGUUUCCCCUUUCUACCCUACUGGAUCUCAAGAGGGAAGCCCCUGCUCAGCAGAAGACCUACAGUAUGACAGGGACAAAGAUAGUGGGAGUAGCUCACCUCUCCCCAAAUAUGCUUCAUCACCCAAACCAAACAACAGCUAUAUGUUCAAACGGGAGCCCCCAGAGGGAUGUGAGAAGGUGAAAGUCUUUGAAGAAAUGGCGUCUCGUACACCUAGCUCGGUCCCUUUGUUUUCCUGUCCUGAUAGAAACAAAGUGAACUUCAUCCCUAAAGGGUCGGCAUUCUUCCCUGUAAGUAUUGUCAGUCGCCCUCUGUUCUCCACCUCGGACCUGAUGCUCAAGAACUCGUCAAUCUUGGGAGCUGGUCCCAGCCUAGCAUCCAGCACUCAGACUGAUGGCCAGUUUUCACCUCAGGUCUCAUUCUCCCCUUCGUCGGACGACACCAGCACAACAGACUCUGAGGCCUCAGUGCAGCAGACGUCACACCAACAGCAGCAGCUUCACGAGUGUCAGACUGAAGAGCACUCAUCAGUUCAGAACUUUGUCGUAAUCUAGCCCCUGGACUCCCCCACCCAGGUAGAGCAGGCCUCUGCCCUCUUGUCGGGUUGGUCUAUAUAUCUGAACAUCUGCAUGGAGUAGCACCUGCAUUCUGAACAACCGUUCUUAGCAUUGUAGCAUAUCUUCCACUGUUCUUGGCAGGGAUAGAAUUCCUCUUUAGGAAAUGUUUGUGAGAAGCAGUAAUGCUUGCAAAAACACAUGCUUCAUUUACGUGUUCUAAGUGCGGACUAUGCAUUACAUGGUACGUUUAGAUGGGUUAGUGCUGUGUCCUGUGUUCUGUUCCAUCUCCUACAGUAAGAAUAAGCUGUAUAUCAAAAAAAAAAUGCCUGUCUAAAAGAUAGAAAAAUAGAUGUUAUGUUACGUUAUGGAGAAAAAAAUAUUAUGUUUACAAACAAUCCAGGUUGUUUAAGUUUAUAAAUUCUGUAACACAUACAAUGCAAAAAAAAAAAGGCCACACCAGUUGCACAGUGCCCACCCUAUGGCCUAGCUUCAGGUACUUCAGGUGAAGUCUAAACUCAGGUAAUUUGGAAUGUAUAUCCGCAUAGGAUUUUAACGAAUUUGUGGGCUGAAAAAAAGCUAAGUGAGAGUUUAGGGUAAGCAUCACUCUUGCCUUUCCUUUUUGUACAUUAACCUUUCCUCAUUACAUUCCACUUUCUUUAAAAAGCCGUUGUACUUGCGUCCAGGGAGACCCGGACACGGUCGAACAGUAUAAAAGUACCAGCAUUAAUUACAGUGAUGUCCCACAUCAUUUGUUUAAGUGGACGUUGGGUAGAAAUAAAAUUGCAUAAACCAUUGUUUUAAAACGUAUCAAUCGUUUUGCGUGACAUUUCAGAGUUUUAAAAAGAAGUUUCAGGUGUUGAAGACUGUUAAGCUGUUACACAUACAGUAAAGUGUUGAAUACUAGGCUGUAUAUAAGAAACAUUCCAUGUUGUGAAGAGAUCUCCACGAUCAAACUGUUCCAAGUUACAUAACCGGACUCUUCAGGUUCUUAUGUUGCAUUUGAUCCCUUUUUUUGCGUGUGCAAAGUUUGGAAUUGGCAGAUACACAAGCGAAAUGCUGUUACAAAGAUCAAAUAAAAUUAAUGUUUGGUUUCUCAUCUUUUUUUAUUUCCACCCCUUUUCUCUCCCUCCCCACUUUUAUGUUAACCUUGUUUACGCAGUUUUCAGUGGUUAUUUAACUGAACUAUAAUGGAUGAAUUGGCACAGAAGUGUGAUGGACUGAGUUUCAACGUAGCUGGUUACGGUUAAGGAUUCACUUUGCUAAAUGAGAAUUUAUUACCUUACUUAGUCCAAAAAGGUUACGCUGGAAAGAAUGAAGAACUUGCCAGUUAUUUUAACAAGAAGAAUCAGGGCUAAGCAUUCAAUGGCAGCCAGCACCCAGUGUUACGUUUAUCCUCGUUCCUUGCUACAAGUUGUACCUGUGGCUGAGCUGCUUAUGCAGCCCUGAGGGUCAGUCCAAAGCCUUUCCCAACGCCACCCAUCACCUGAGAAACUAGAUAUUAAUUUUACCAAACACUGUUGCAAAUCUGUUCUGAUUGUGAUCUUUAUAAGGUUUUGAACCAAAUUGGUUGGUAAAUUAGCUAAUACAUUAAAAUGUAAAUUAAACCAACAUUUAAUGGCCUCUGCGUGUAUCUUACAUCCUGAUGUAGAAAUAUUGUUUGUCUGAUACAUUGUUUAAAAACUUGUUUGAAAUUUUGUACAUAGUUACUGUUAUUUCUAGCCAUUGUGCUAAACAGUAUUUAUGAGUUGCCACACAAUGUUUCUUUAAAUAAUGCAUCGUGUGGCUUUUGUUUUGUAUUUUUUCAGUAUAUAGUUCUUGUGUCUUAUUUAAAUAAAGUUAAUAGCAAAAAGCAUGAAUAAAAACUGGCAAUUUUC